ACCCUACCCUACCCUAAGCUAAGCUAAGCUAAUUGUUACUACUCCCCUCAGCUCGCUUUCCUGACCUUCUGGAACCGCCUAUAUCCUACCGUUAAAUGGCUGCCGCGACGCUGCGUUGCUACUCUCUGUGGAGACAGUUAACGCCAAAAAGCUCAGUUCGACUUCUUCCUCUCUCUGUUGUGAAGAUACACACCUCUGCACCUCGUGUGAUGGGUGCUACCGUGGAGCAGUUUGAGCGAGCUAAGAGCCAACUGUCGAUGCUGCAGAAAGAUCCAGGAAACCAGGUCAAACUGAAAAUGUACGGGCUCUUCAAACAGGCCACUCAGGGUCCCUGCAACACCCCCAAACCUGGAAUGAUGGACUUUGUAAACAAGGCCAAAUGGGAAGCAUGGAAAUCUCUGGGUUCCAUUCCACAGGAAGAUGCCAGGCAGCAGUACUGUGAUUUGGUUGUGUCCCUGAUGGAUGCAGAAGGACUUAGUUCCACCGCUGAGACAGCUGCAAAGCCUUCUGGGAGCACGUCAGGGUUUAACUCCUUGUUAGUUACAACAGAGGAUGGAAUCACUACCAUCAAAAUGAACCGACCAGCCAAAAAAAACGCCAUCACCAAUGAGAUGUACAAUGAGAUCAUUGCAGCCCUGGAGCAGGCAGCAAAAGAUGAUUCAGUCAUCACUGUUUUCACAGGUGCUGGUGAUUUUUACUGCAGUGGUAACGACCUCAACAACUUUCAGCUCGACGGCACAAAAUCAGUGGAGGAGAAAGCCAAGGAUGGAGCAGAGCUGCUGAGGAAAUAUGUGAAGGCCUACAUUGACUUCCCAAAGCCUCUGGUCGCUGUGGUGAAUGGUCCAGCUGUUGGAAUCUCAGUGACAGUAUUGGGACUCUUCGACCUGGUCUACGCCAACGACAAGGCCACGUUCCACACUCCCUUCAGUCAGCUGGGUCAGAGUCCUGAGGGAUGCUCUUCCUACAUCUUCCCAAAGGUCAUGGGUCCAGCCAAGGCCAGUGAGGUGCUAUUGUUCAACAAGAAGCUCACAGCAGUUCAAGCCUGUGAACUAGGGCUUGUCACAGAGGUUUUUCCUGACAGCAGCUUCCAGACAGAGGUUUGGCGUCGACUGAAAGCCUACGCUAAGCUACCACCCAAUAGUUUGAAGUUGUCGAAACAGCUGAUUCGCUCGGAGGAGAAGGCGCGUCUCCACGCAGUAAACGAUGCAGAGGUGAACCUGCUGCGGGAGCGCUGGACGUCAGAUGAGUGUGCCAACGCCAUUAUGAGCUUCUUCAUGUCCAAAGCCAAACUCUAAGAGGAGCAGCUCUUCAAAUGCCAUGUGAUCAACCGGGUCUACGCACAUUGAGUGUCCUGCAGAGUCCAGAAACAAAUGUAUGUCGUUAAAGCAUCAUGCUGUGAGAGGACACAAAAAGUUAAAUUAGCAUCAUGGUAACAGGAAUAGCUGCUGUACAAUAUGAUGUUGUCUGACCUAGUCAAUUACAGUUCAACCUUUUAGCGCUGUUUCAAGUGCCUUAAACUAAUUAUCUGUUAAAUAACUGUCUUUGUAAUUUUUAACAUGUAAAUCAUGUAUGUAUUUAAAUACAGAACAAAGAAUGACUAAAAUCACAAUUUUAUCCAAGGAAAAAA